GAUGUGUCGGGCCGUUACCCCGCCCCACGUGGUUUUCUUGCCUAUGAUACUUACCGUUUCUAUGACGCUUGCUUCCAGCCGUCGAUGAAAGAACGUUUAGUACACAGCAAUGGUCGACCAUAAACCUCUUCCUGAGCUCCCAAGUACAAGCAAGACUCCGAAUCUCGCUCGACUCUCAAUACAAGCACAGAAGCAUCGAGAAAGGUUCAUUCGAUUCGUCUUGUCCGAAUUGAACGAUGCAUGGAUUGAUAACAAUCUAGAAGAGUGGACUCGGGUGCUGGAAGAUGCUUUAGAUGAUCUAGCGAGCAGCAUGAGCCAGGGCAGGUGGUUGACCGGUAUUAAGAAGUAUAAAGCACUCAAGGAAAAGCAGUCGAAGAAGAAAAGAAAGCUGGACAAAAAGGUUGACCUGACAGAGAACUCAACUGGUCCUAGGAAGUCUACAGGUGCCGAUGGAAUAUUUGACAAUGGGUCGAAAAAGUCUGAGGUCCAAAUUUCCUCCUCGAACUCAGAACGGCUCGAACGACUUCGCCAAAUUGUCGCAGAACCGGACGUGCCCUCUCGUACGCCGAAAUCCAGGCAUUUACUGCUCUGCUUAGCGCCACUAGGGAGUCGAGUCGCAUUACCCGACGAAGAUUCUGGAUUCAAUCUGGUUCCGUCGACUCUUGGAUGUUCGUUCCGAAACAGUGUUUUCGUAUUGCCAGAAGGAGGUGAAGAAAUGGACGCAAUUUUGUAUGGAUUUCAUGAAUGGAAUACAUCCGUUGAGGAAAUGUCCACGCGCCCUGUGGGCGGCACGUUCACACUCAAAGGCGUACCUUCACUCCAGCAACAUCGUGCCUUGUCAAAGGCACUCAAACUCACCGUCUAUGUCCAUCUCUCACUUCUCCUUGAGCAACAGCUUCUGAUUGACUCUCAUGCUCACCUCACUUUUGCCCAACCUCGUGUACGAGUACAGGCAGGCACUCUUCAGCCUUCAGCUCUCCCUUCUCAUAACCAAAAUACUCCUACGAACGAUGCGGCAUCUAGUCAUAAACCCCGGAGCCUUAUCCCUAGCGGUAUCUUCUCGUUUUUUUCUAAACGGAGUCCUGGACGAACCUCAUCUCCACGAGAUGCGUCCUCUGUUCGUCCUUCAUCAGACUCGGUCCCGUUCCCUUCAAUAGAAGAAGUGCAGCCAGUCCGUUCUUCCAUGGACGAAAUGAACUCUGCAGCUCGACUUAGAAUGUUCUCAUUUUUGUCAUCAUCUGCCCCUGAGGCUGAACCCCAGAAAGGGCCGACAUCUACGCCCUUCUCUGACACGCUCGCUCGUAUAGAAGCUCAGAGGAAUGUGCUUUCUAGUUCUACCGGUGUUGUAUUCGAUCCUCCGAUGCUUCUAGUGCGGUUAGCGGAAAAGGAAAAAGCGCAUCGCGAGAAGGAGAUCUGUUUAACGGGUGACGAACGGGUUGCGUUGAACAGUUUACUCGGUUGGGGGACGGUCGAGUCUGAGGCUAAUCAGCUUGAUUUAGACAAAGACAAGCGGAACGAGAGCUGGAUAAAAAAAGGCAAAGGAAUGACGGGAAUAUGUGGAUUUGUCAAUCAGCAGGAAAUUUCGAUCCUAGUUUCAAGUCAUGUUCCUCUUGCCGGUGCUUGUGUUCCACAAGAAAUUGGACCCGAAGCAUCUAUGUCCGCGUCCACCUCAUCCGCUCCCUCCGUACCUCGAGAAGCAUCUUCUUCCUCCCAGGCCUCCCACUCUUCCGACUCUUCUUCAACCACGAAUAAACCUUCUCCAUUGAAAACAGCUCCCACUCACACAUCCUGCGAACAGCCUCAUUGGACAGUAUAUCGCUACUACGUUAAUUCAGAUUCCGGGACGCUGAACAAAGACCACGACAAAGACGAUGAUAAUAAUGCUCCUCCUGAAGAUAGCCCACGCUUGUGCGUAAACGACCGUGACCAGUGCUUAGGCGAAGUUAUUAAAUCCUGGAUAGAUGAAGCCGACGUUCCAUGUGAUCGUCUUCGUGCUGUAAGCACUAAUUCAGAACACCGCGGCGGAAUCGGGCUCAUGCAUGGAUUAGGAGGAUCUUCGACGACGACGACGGAGAAGCGGUGUGAGGUUCAGGUGGGGAAGCAUGAGAGGAGGUUCGUGCAUGGCGGAGUAAAAGUCAGCGCUAGUAUCGAAUGGCCUGCCGUCAAGAGCCUUGCCGCGACAAGCCUGGUUCUCCCCACUAUCGCUACUAGUGCGGGCGGCAGUGACGAAAGCAAUGUCGAUGAAAAGGAUCAAAGUCCAGAUGCGAGAGUGGUUUCUGUAUGGGAAAGUUGUUCGAUAUGCGGUGCGGAGACUAAGAAAAACGAGUUGAGCGAGGGAGCAUAUUUGUUCUCGUUUGCGAAGUACCUCGAACUUCUGAUCUAUUCACCACUUCUUUGCAAGCUCUCGCCGCGGUUAUGCGAACAUACAGACCCUUCUUCAACAUCCUCCUCCUCCACUUCGUCUACGAGAUCGAUUAGCUCGAAUUUACCUCCCCAGAGAUUCAACAUCAUCCGUCACUUUUCGGCUUCCUCGUCUGAAAAUGACGAAGGAGGUAGUAGUGGUGUUAGUAGUAACGAUGGAAAUAGGAGAGAAUAUACAGUAUCAUUCAAGAUUGAUCCUGUCAAGGAUAUAUUUGAGUUGCGUGUGCCGAGGUUGCAGAUUUCUAAUUGGCGAGUAGAAGGAGACAGUGACACGUUGGGAUUUGUCAGUACAUUGAACCACAAAGGAGAGAAGGAGCAUUAUGCAAGUAAGGAGGAUGAUCAGAAGAAAAAGUUGAGGAGGGAGAUUAAAGCUUGGUGGGAAGGUGUCGCCGAUCAUAUGGAUUUAUUAGAAGAGAAGUUUUCUGCCGAAGACCAAAUAGCGGUCAGAAAGGCAUUACCCAGAUUACCUUCUACGGAUGACGCAUACGAUUCGUUUGACGAUGACGAUUUUGGAGAACCGGAAGAAUAUCCGACGCCGAAACUCAAGAUUUCUGGCUUACCCGAAAGCUACACCCCAACUGUAGUCACUGCUACGAGUGAUUACUUCAAUAAGUCUAAGAAUCCAUCCUCCGUUUCGUCAGAUCCAUUUACACUCUCUGCCUCAUCCUCAACUGCACCUCUAUGUCAAAUACCCCCGCAACCACAUUCGUCUUCAGAUGACAUCUCACGAACCGCUUCUCCAAGUCCAGCCCCCUCGAAUCCACGACCACCUCUGAAUCAUGGAUCGUCAUCAUCGAGUUCUCAGCUAUCUACUACCCCUACAACCUCUUCUGCUUCCUCCGUACAUUCGGCAGACGCAGAAGGCUUGAAUCGUGACCCAAUGCAGCUUCUAUCCAACCUACGCCAGACCUUCCAUCGCAUUGAACAAACACUGUACACCCAACUGGCUAAAACUCCAGCUUCGUCAUUGAACGAAGUCCGCCGAGCUUUUCUAUCAGCUGCCAAGGGUGCAGAACGGAGGUUGACCGCGUGGCAGAAAAAGCAUCUCGGUGAAAAGAAGGGAAAGAAGAAGAACAAGGUUAAGAAUGGAGAGCGUUCGGACGAGCUAAACCCCUCUGAGAAAUUGCGUGCCGCUGAACCUGAGUGGUGGAAUCCGACAUGUCAUGUUGCGCCAGGAGGUAAUAUCAUCAUCCGGGAGGAUGAUUGGGGGAGUAUCAUCGCGUUCACCCUAAGCACACCGGAUUAUCAACGUGAACUAGCGUCAAUGUCCGUCGUGCGCCCCGCAUCUAACGCAGAUCCUCCAAAUACACCUAUUGCCCCCUCUACCUCUGCUUCAUCGUUCUUUUCCGCCGCUACUGCAAGUGGUUACAAGCUUUUCCGGACAUCCGCACUCGUCCAACCUGAUCCUGACCAAGAAGAUGUCAUUUGGCACGAACCAGAAGCGUAUUCGGCUGUUAUCUGCAGGAAAGACCACCCUCGAGAUCCUACUUCUAUACUGUCAAUCAGAGAAGUACUAAGGCAGAAAUCACCCGACUCUAAUCUCCUUUCGGCCUCGCGUUUUGCAAGCCUGGGAUCAGCGACGUCAAAGAAACUGAAUGGAGGCCGAGGCGAUCGUCCGUCGAUGUUGUCCAAUGGAGUGCCCCCCUCCGCCUGGGCUAAGCCUGAUGUUCAAGUCACCAAACAGGAAGCAGAGGGCGAAGUUGCUAGUGGACUGACACAUGGAAGGGAUGAUGUGCACCGGAUGCUACUUGAGUUUGAGAGCAUUGAGACAGAGGACACAGAGUCGCGUCCUAAUUCGUCCGUUGUCGGCAGCUAUAAUUCGAGUACCCUGGAUGCAUCAACCGUGAGGCCAGACCCACAUGCUCCACAAGGCGCGUUCGUUGCCGGUAACCAUGCAAAGACAAUUUCUCAAAACUCUCCUUCUCCAUCAGAUACAAUAUCUGCCCCCAACAGUAUUGCUUCUCCAGUUCCUGCCAAAUCUUCGCUUGACUCUUUCACGAAUGGUCUCACAAAUGCAAUGCGCCUUAUGCUUCCAACUCAAAUUCCUCGACCUUUGUCUGCAGGUUCCGACAGACACCAUGGGCUACUCACAGCGGCUGAAGUUAACGCUAUCGAUGAACGCCCUCAUAUCAAAUACGACUGGACUAUUGGAAAACGACUCAAGUUUAGUUGUAUGGUAUAUUACGCCAAGCAAUUUGACAGUCUCAGGAAACGUUGCGGCGUCGACUCGAUCUUUUUGGAGAGUCUCUCUAGGAGUGCAAACUGGUCUGCAGAAGGUGGCAAGAGUAAAUCUAACUUCUGGAAGACGGCAGACGAUAGAUUUAUCAUCAAGACUUUGGUUAAUGCGUGGAACGUAGCUGAUCUUCAAGUGCUCAUCGAGCUCAGCCCUUCAUACUUUCGAUACAUGGAUUCGACGGCCAGUAAAGCUACUGUGCUCGCCAAACUGAUAGGUUUCUAUACCAUCGAGAUCCGCAACUUGGAAACUGGGACUGUGCAGUCGAAAGCGGACCUGCUUGUGAUGGAGAAUCUAUUCUACGACCAGAAAAUUGACAAGACAUUCGAUCUCAAGGGCAUCCAAGGUCGGAAGGUAAAAUCUGGUAAUAACGUUACUGUCCAGACCUCCAAAACAUUAUUCGAUGGUGAAUGGAUCGAGGGCCUACAACAAACCUUGACGCUUGUCCGACCGCAUUCAAAAGCUGUUUUACGUGAAGCUAUCAGAAGCGACGCUGAAUUCCUUUCGAAGAGCAAUAUCAUGGAUUAUUCGCUCCUCUUAGGCAUUGACACAGAACACAAGCAGAUUGCUUGCGGUCUUGUUGAUACUAUAGGAAGCUAUACAUUUGCGAAAACAUUAGAGUAUAAAGCCAAGCAGGGGCUUAAUUCAGGAAAUGGGAAGGAAGUGACCGUGAUACCGCCAGCCGAAUAUCAAGAACGGUUUACAAACGCACUAGAGAGAUACUUCUUAGCGUGCCCGGAUAAAUGGUCGCGUUCUCUAGAUAGACGCAAGAUGAUUAGCAACCCCGAUCUGCUUCCCAGCGUUUUAUGAUUUGGGGCCCAGACGCUCACUUUGUCAUCUUUUUUUGCACGACGUUUCUUCAUGGCAACUGUAUAUUCAUCAGUAUAUGUAAUCCACAGAACUUUCGAUGUACCUACUAGCUAUACUACCCACGGCCCGGUUGUACUACUGUACGCAUGAUAUGAUAAUAUGUGACUUCGCGUUAAUUGGUCACC